ACCAAGCCGCCGCCGCCGCCGCCCAGGGAGAGGAGUCGGAGCGGGCAGCCGGAGCCCAGCCCGGCCGGGACCCACCCGCCGCCAUCGCCAUGGGGAACCGCGUGUCCCGGGAGGAUUUCGAGUGGGUCUACACGGACCAGCCGCACGCAGACCGCCGGCGGGAGAUCCUGACAAAGUAUCCAGAAAUCAAAGCCCUGAUGAAACCAGAUUACAACUUGAUUUGGAUUGUUGUUUUGAUGGUUUUCACCCAGUUAGUUGCAUUUUACUUGGUAAAAGACUUGGACUGGAAAUGGGUUCUGUUUUGGGCCUAUGCCUUUGGCAGCUGCAUUAGUCAUUCAAUGACUCUGGCUAUUCAUGAAAUCUCUCACAAUAGUGCCUUUGGCAAUUGCAAGGCCAUGUGGAACCGCUGGUUUGGAAUAUUUGCUAAUCUCCCCAUUGGCAUUCCCUACUCUGUGUCCUUCAAGAGGUAUCACAUGGAUCAUCACCGGUAUCUAGGAGGCGAUGGCAUUGACGUGGACAUCCCCACUGACUUUGAGGGCUGGUUUUUCUGCACCCGAUUUAGAAAGUUCAUAUGGGUUGUCCUGCAGCCCCUCUUCUAUGCCUUUCGGCCCCUCUGCAUCAACCCUAAGCCAAUUUCUCAUCUGGAAAUUAUCAACUUGUUGGCUCAGUUGAGUUUUGACAUUAUGAUUUACAAUAUUUGGGGAGUUAAAUCGGUUGUCUAUAUGCUGGCAGGGUCAGUCCUUGGCCUGGGCCUGCACCCGAUUUCAGGGCAUUUCAUAGCUGAACAUUAUAUGUUUUUAAAGGGGCAUGAGACUUACUCCUAUUAUGGAGCUCUAAAUUUACUUACCUUCAACGUGGGAUACCACAAUGAGCACCAUGACUUCCCCAAUAUUCCUGGCAAGAACCUUCCGCUGGUGAGGAAAAUAGCAGCAGAAUACUAUGACGGCCUGCCCCAGUACAACUCCUGGGUUAAAGUGCUUUAUGAUUUUGUGAUGGAUGAUUCAAUUAGUCCCUACUCUCGCAUGAAGAGACACCUAAAGGGGGAGGUGAAACAGGAGUAACACUUCCACCGGCUUCAGGAACUCUUCAAACAGUAACAGGCUCAAAGGUUUCAUCCUCAAAGAGUAUGUUUAUACUUUGAUUUAUUAAACUUCAGCCCAAUGUUUUUGGACCAGUACUUCUGUACAGUCAUCAGGUAAGGUUCUUGGUGACCAUUUCCACAAGGAAACAUGCAGUAACUAUUUAACAUAGUUUGCAGAGUGGGUUUCUCUUCUGUGACCUGAGUAAAAUGAGACAUGUUCUACAUGUUCUCACUCAUAUUACAUAUGUAUAAGGUCCCCUGAAACCCUUUCCCCAGUGUCUUGUCUUUUUGUAAGCCUAUUGUGAACAGUUUUGAGAGAUAUGUCUCCAGUCCUUUACUGCCAUUGUCACUGAGUCUCUGUGCAUUAUCCCAGCUGAUUUCAGACAAAACCAUCACUUUAGUUAUUGAUUAAGAUGUUCGUAAAGUUUUGUUACCUUUAAAAAACACUGCUAAUAAACUGAGCUAUUAAUUGCAA